AUGGAAAGCCCUCCAGGCUCCCAUCUCUCAGUAUAUUUACUACCAUUACUUGGGGUUUCCCCGUCAGAGAUCGGUCCUGUUCUUGCUGAGUCUCCUAGCAACGUCAAGGUAAUCCUCUCACGCCAACUUGCAGGCAGCUCAAAUCGCGCUCAAGGAUGGGUGAACUCACAAGAUCAUCCAGUAUGUCAUAUCCAAGGAGAAAGUGAAUUCUUACAGGUUGUCAAGACGCAAGGUCUAAUGAAGACCUUGUUCACAUUAGCACGCAUCUAUGAUGCCGGUCACGUAGCUAUAUGCAGGCAUUUAGCAUCCGCAAAGCGCAAGGAGUCCCACAACGCUGACUUGCUGAAGCAGCCAUGCUUAGAUAUUGAUGGGUUGACCCUAGGCAUCAUUGAUGGUGCCCACACAAUUGAUGAUAAUAUCAAUGUCUCACCUAGUGAUACUCGCCCAGGCGUUCUGCGUGCUACGUGGGCAGCUGUUCCUGCGAUGACUUUCAGCCAGCUACCGCUUCUUGGGUCAUUGUCUGAUCUCCUCCCGGGAGAGCAAUCAGAUGCCAAAGAAUAUGCUGGUAUCGGUGGGGGAGGUGGCUCUGAUGUCAUCAGUGCAAGUGUCCUCGGUCAUUUACUGCGGAAGAGUGGUAAGGAGAUGAAUCUCCUAAUUUCUACACGAACGUGGAGAACAGGAUCUCAGGGGCGUGCAGGUACCAAGAUGGGUGUCAGGCGGGAGAUCUUUAAUCACGGUGGACCAGCCUUUCUAUAUGGCAAGCCAGUCCCUGGAACCUAUCGAGUCACCAAGCAAACAUUUAGCGAAGGCCGCGAUCUGGAGACUGUGCCCAUUUCGCACCAUGAGGAUGUCUUUAUUGUUCUCGAUCAAGGAGAAGAGAGCAAUGAUAUCCCAGAGGAUGAAAAGGCGGACCUUUCUCUUCAAUACGAGGCAGUUUUGGCUGAACGCAGCAGGAUUGACACAGUUGUCAUUGUGGACACUGGGGGCGACGUUUUUGGUGGUGAUUUUGCCGGAUUCACCACCCCAGACCAAGACGUACGGGCGCAGCGCGCAGCUAUCAGUCUUUCCCAUGACUAUCGCAACCUAGUGACGGCAGUGCUCGCUCCAGGGGUGGAUGCACCGAUUGACGCCGAAGAAAAGGCCGAGAGGGCGGGAGGGAGAAGGUAUCAUCCCACGCCUGAAGAACAAGCUCUACUGCUCAAUCUCCUGGCUCACGAAUAUCAAAUGGAUGGAUCAAACCCUGGUCGCUUUGGGAAAACCACGUUGUGUCUCCAGGCGGCAUUGAGAGGCGAGCGUGGAUGGGCCUCUUUAAACCUGCCCAGUCAUGUUGUCAAUACUUGGGAGAACCCUUGGAGCAGUUUUGCGUUCAUCAGAGAAUGUAUGACCGACAUCAUUCUCAUGCCGUUGACAAGUCUGCUACCGCUGAUUGAC